AAUUGUAGGACGGGACAACAAACCUCAGAUAUUUGAAAAAGAAAUCCUCUUUCAUGCGAUUUAGCAUCGAUGAUGUUGGAGAGUUGAUUAAAUCAGAAGCUAAACCACCCAGAUUUGUUGCUUCUGUUGGAGCUCUGAUUCACCUGAGAGCUCAGGGGAACUAGCGACCUUCACUCAGCAGCUCCUGGAUCUGGUUUCACUGGGAACCUGUUAAACCUUCUUUGUUGGGACCGAGCUGGAAUUGUGGGACUUCUCACCGGGGAAGAGCAGAGAAACUGCAACGCAUUUUCUUCUUUUUUCAUUUAUUUUACUGAGUUUGUUUCAAACGUUUCUCUCUGAGGGAGAGGAUCAGACUAGCUGUUUGUCUCUGAUCAGGGUUGUAGUGGAAGUGAAGCAUCAUAAGAACGAUGCGGCAUGAUGUUUUCCCACCUCUGCUCCGGCUCCUGCUCCUGUCCAUGUUUGGAGCGGCCCACUGCUGCCUGCAGGAUCCGGCUUCAGCCUACAAACUCACUGGGAUCGUGUGCAGGCUCACCCACCCUGCUGCUGCCGUGUUGAACGAAAAAACCACCAAAGUGAUCGAAGCAGCGUUUGAACACGCUCGAUUCCCAAGCAUGCACGGAGAGAAGUCCGCUCUUCUCUUAGGCCGACUCCUGUAUGGCCUGGACAAUUUGGAGGUUCGCAACCUGUCGAUUGGCCGGAGUGAGUUUGAGCUCCGUGCCGGGGAAGGCAUCGGACUGAAGAUCAGCAACGUGUCUGCGGUGUUUGGGGGGACCAUCCAGUAUGGCUACGGCAGCUGGUUAGUCAACGUUAAACAAACUCUUGAUUUUGAGAUUGAGACUCGGAUUGAUCUGGAAAUCAACCCAAAACUCUAUUGUGAGAAAGCAAGGGUGGCUGCAGACACGUCGGAUUGCUACCUGAAGUUUCACAAGUUUCAUCUUUACCUGCAGGGAGACAAAGAGCCGAACUGGCUCAAGAGGAUCUUCACUGACUUCAUCACCUUCACAGUGAAUCUGUUCAUCAAAUUACAGGUCUGCAAGGAGAUCAAUAAUGUGGCAGACAUACUGGCCGACUUCAUACAAGACACAGCAGCUGAUUUCCUGCGUGAUGGAGGCAUCAGCGUGAACAUCGGUGUGACUUCUGUUCCUGUCAUCACAGCCAACUACAUAGAAUCAUACCACAAGGGGCUGACUAACUGCAACAACACAUCUUCAGAGAUCAGCGAUUCUGUGUUCCAUCCCAGCCAGCUGACUGAAAACAGGAUGCUUUACUUCUGGUUCUCAGAUGAGGUCUUCAAGCCUUUGAUUGCUGCUGCGCAUCGAGACGGUCGUUUCCAACUCAGCCUCUCAUCAGAAGAGCUCACUGGUCUUUUCCGGACGAGUCUCUCCAGCAUCAUGCCUCUAAAUCUGGAAAAGUGUCUGACUGAAUCGGCAUCUUCAGAGCUCCGGGUUUGGAGUUCAUCCGUUCCUUUUCUUAGCUCCUCCACCUCGGGAACGACGGUCUGGGCCCAGGCGUCUGGAGAACUCUACUGCGAGGGUCGAGACACGGCAACACUCCUCUUUCAAACGGAUGUUUCUGUAAAUGUCACAGCUUCCUAUGCUGACAAGAAACUCUUCCUGCACGGUCAGCCGCUGCAGAUUACUGUACGUCGAGCUGAACUUCCCUCACAAAAUCAGCAGACUUCUGAUGAGGCCCAACUAGAGUUCAUAAGAGAGGCUGUGGGGAAAAUAGGCGUUCCUAAAGUUCUGUCUGUUCUUCAGGUGCAGCUGACCAGACUGUUGGAUAAACAGGGCGCUAACCUGUUUGACAUCAUUGACCCUGAGGUGCUUCAUCGAGAUGGUUUCAUUUUGACUCAGAUGGACUUUGGCUUUCCUCAUCAUCUCCUCGUGGACUUCCUGAAGAAGACGCUGCAGUAGCUCGGCUAAUUCUGAAGUCCUGUUAAAAAGAAAAUAUAAAACAAAAAUAACUCUAUGUGACGUUUUUAGAUUUUAAAUAUAACUUGAGCUUCAUUUUCAACUCAUUUCUCUUCAUUCUGUUAUUUUCAUGAACUCAUCUUUAAAAGUUAUUUGUUUCAAAUCUGUGAGAAAAACAAAUAAAAAGCUAAAAAAACA